AGAAGACCCAGUGAGAAAUAAACGCAAAAGCAAUUUGGCACUUUCCGUUCCAAGAAAACUAGGUGUAUCUACUUUAUUUGUUCUUUCGCUAUUUUCGGGUGGUGCACUGUCUAAGAUUUUUAUUUUUGAAAUCGUUGGUACAAGAAUGGUCCUGUCGUCCUCACAGCAAGUUGUUGUUGCCUUCACUGCUGUUCUGUUCGCAUUUGUGGUGUUCCCCAGAAUGUUCGGAGGUGGGACAGGGUCGAGGGAACCCAAGUCUUAUGAACAGCGAUACAAGAAAGGUCCAGGCCCAGGGGCAUUAAAGGGGCAGCCGUUCAGCAUGAACCCCACCUCCCAGCCUGGCCACCAGGGCCAGAGUGCAGAGAGCAUAAAGCAGAUGAGGAAGAUGGUGGAGCAGGAGAUGAAGAGUGAUAAAUAUAAAUCCAACAGUAACAACAACAAAGGCUACGUCUUCACCCUCAUGCCUAUGUAUGCCAUCGGUGUGGGGCUGUUUGCUGUGUACAAGUUCUUGAAGAUUAAAUCGGCAGACGACAUGCAAGCCCAGAAGGACAAGCUUACAAAAGGGGCCAAAAAAUCUGAACAAACAGAAAGCCAGUUGAACGAGUUGGAGCAGCGGCUAGCGCAGACGGAGAGAAUGCUCAAUUCCAUUCUUACCCAGCUGGACCCUUUAACAAACUGUGUGAAGUCCGUGGCCAUGGACCAGAAGAAUGAGAUCAUGUCCCAACUCCAGAGUAUUCGCCAACUGAUGAAAAAAAGGGGCAUGGAAUGCCCUCCCCUCAAUAUAGAAGAGCCGGCCUGCCAGAGGAACCUGGACGAGCUCAUCGAGACCCUGGCAGCACGGCAGAAAGUUCCAGAAUCCACAACGGUGCAAGAACAGGAAGGGGAGACAACUUUGGAGCCGGAGUGUGCAGCCUCUGAGCCGGUGAAGACAGGAAAUGACAUGGACUCGGAUGCUGCCACGGAGGUGCUGAGAGGUGGAGAGAAGGAAACAAGUGAACGAAAGGAAGAGGACGAGGAAGGAGAAGACAGUGACCACAGCAUGCCCUCCCUGGAGGACCCCAGUGAGAUGUCUAUAGAAAAUAUCGGGGCCACCUCUCAGAAUGUCACAGAAAGUUCUUUGAUCGGUUUGCGGAGGCGCAACAGACCUGAAUGAAUUGAUUUGCCCUUCAUGCAAACUUUUGAUGUAAUGAAAAAUAUUUAUUUACCAUUUAUUUAAUGCAGUCAUUGCUUUUAAUUGAUUUCAACAAACACUGUGUGUGUGUGUGUGUGUGUGUGUGUGUGAGAGAGAGAGAUCUGAAACCUGACUUGUCAUAUCAUAAUCAUGAAGAUGUUACUUUUUAUAUUUCACAAGAUACUUUGAUAGUUUCCUCACUUAAUCACUGUAAGUUUUUUUUUAAAUCACAUUUUUUAGAUCAUUCUAGAGCCUUGCGGUUUGUUCAAAGUUGCUGUGUAGCUUCAUGUUAAAGGAGAAAUCCAGCCGAUUUUUACAUGGAUCUUGACCGCUAGACGUUAAAAUCGGCCGCAUUUCUCCUUUAAAGUAUAAAUCCAGCCAUAUGCUUUUCACUCUGAUGCACUGAUAUAAAUGAUUUUUUGGCAUACACUUCUGGGCAGUCUGGACAUGCAGUAUGGCUAUACUGUAUGCCCCCAUGUCCUCUUGCAAAGAGUGUAUUGAAGGAAGAAGGCUUCCAUCAUUAAUUUUCUUAUUUAAAUUAAAAUGUUCUCUUCUUAUUGCAUAAUGCAUGAAUCAGUUGGCUCAAGCACUUUUUUUCAGUGCAAUGCUGUCUUCCUCUUAUCCAUUAUUGAUUUAUUGGGUAUGCUAUAUAUUAUGCAAUGUUUUUGUUAUAACGAAGAAUAUUAAUCUUCACCCUCUCUUGUUUUUUAUGCAUGAUGACAAUCAUUGCUGUUUUAUUUUUUUUAAAUCACAAGUUACAUUUUACAUUAAGAACCAGAUGACACUUAAAGCAGCUGUUUCUUGUUUCAGUUGGUCAAAGGACAGUGGGCAUAAGUAAGGUUUGAUGGAACGUUUGCUGGAAAUCGUUUGACAUUGCUUUAAAAACAGAACGUAUGAAUGGCAUGCUUGCUCUCGUUGGCUGUCGAAGGCAUACGUUUAUACCUCAGUGUGCUCUGAAUCUCUUCAGAAGCAUCACAGUUCGAUCACCUAUGGUGAAAAUCGAAAUGACAAUAACAACUGAACUCCAUAAUCACAUUUAAUGUAGUAGCCUGUUUUAGCCAUAGUUGAUCUAGUUACACAUAAAACAGAAUCAAGUUUAAAAACAUAUUUUAGUGCUUGAGUUCUUCAGAGUUUUGCAGCCCCUCAUUGUGCUUCUAAGCAGUUUGAAGUAGAUAUAGCGAGAGGUCUGCCCCACUGUUUAAAGUUUGCAUGAAAACACUGAAGUUUGUGUGAAGAGCUAUGACUAUAAAUACAUGUCCCUGAUUAGGCUGCUCAUUUGAGUGGUGAUAAUUAGUCGUUCCACUGUUUGUCUACUGUCUUCUUGUCUUGUCGUUUCAGAAGUUAAUAUGUACGAUUGUUAACUAAAGUGUGCUUAUUAAUAAUAUGUAUGCCUUGUGUGAAAUUAUAUGUGUCAUUGUUUUAGUUUUUAUCAUACAGUGUAAGUUUUCUUUUUUUGUCUCCUGCUUUUCUGCAAGGAAACUUGUCUGCAUCUGCAAAGAUACUUGUACAUCUUGACACCUGACAUUUUACCACUUGGCAAGACUGGCAUCCCAAAGGAAAAUCUCUUCUCUCGAAAAUGUCUUUUCUUUGGCUCAUGACAAAUUAAUCAGCUCUUACUGAGAUCUCAUCUGUUUCUCCUAAGGGACCCCCAGGAGAAAUAAGGUGAGAUAAGAAUAGAUUGAGAAUAUCUUAAGUUGAAUUUAAAUUGGACUUGGCCUGAGACUAGAGGAGAGCUAUUUCUCAGCUGCUGUGGAAUGGUAGGCCUAUGUUUAUCUUCCAUUAGAAAUAUUUGUCUGCUUCACUGUAUUCAGAGGUUAAUAAGAAAUAUUUUGAGCAAUGCUGAUUUUUCCCCCCAGCAUAGAUUCUCAUGUGUUUGUUUACACUGUUUGGCAGUUUGUACCCUUUUUUCAUUUCCAUUGUUUGUAAUUUAAAGUUUGUAAGUGGUACUGUUAGAAUGAUAGAAUGCAUCUAAGACAAGAGAAACAACAUGUUGUAUGCCUUACUUUAAUACAAAAUGACAAUGAAAAA